CGGUGUAGUGUUGCAUACAGUUUAGGGGUAUCGAGUCUGGAGCAAAACCAACUGAUAAGUCUGUCAAGGAUAAUUGAUUAGAUUCGUUGGUGAUUAAUCAAUCCUAGCCGUCUGAUAUCGGCGCCCCACGUUGCCAAAUACACCCAUCUCUCGAUUUGCUGCACGUGCCAUAAAACACUAUACUUUUUGUUGUUGUUUUCCUUUCUUGUUUGUUUGUUCGAGGUGUUCCUCUCUUUCCCGACGAUGGAGGGCAGCGUUCGAAUGAGUGUGUAAUGAGGUCAAACGUGAAUGUAACUGUUUCGGGUGCGUCGGGCCCAGUGUGCAAGUUGGUGGAGGAAGCAUAGUAGUGUGAAUGGUUAGUUUGGUUUAGUUGGAGCCUGGCAAAGCGAAGUUCAGCGUGUACAGGAAGAGUGAAUGGGUGAACGUUUGAGAUUGAAUGGAUAUGUUCAUGGAUCGGCGAAGAAGUUGAGAGUACAGAGACAUAGACUACAAUUUAAUAAGUCUCCAACUGCCAGUUAUUCAACAGCUGCUCUUCUGCCGCCUCUCUUAAUCGAUAUUUAAAUAGAUAGAGUGUGUGUGCGUGCGGUGCAAGCGGGGGCGGGUGCGGAACGUAUCCUUAAUUGUAUUGGACGAGCAGCGGGAGCAAAGGAGACGGAGAGGGAGUGGAGUGAGUGCGAGCAACAGCGGAGAGAAGGAAGAAGAAGAAGGACGCGGCUGAAAACAUUCAAUUAACAAUGGUUUAAUUAAAAACCGCGGUCCGGGCGUAUUUAGUUUUAUCUUCAGUCUUGAAGAAGGAUUGCACUCCUGCAACAUCGCUUAUCCUCCUCCUAGCCGACUAGUAUUCUUGCUGUUGGGUGCGUGAGCUGUGUGUGUGCGUCGCUCAUUUUAAUCGUCACUUUUUGAUAACAACAAUAUACUGCGGCGGCGGCGACAACAACGGUCAAAAUAUCGUACUGUGCGGCAGUUGUUUGUUUUGCAUGUAUGCUUUCUCGUGCGGGGGAGUGCAGAAUAACGGUGUGCAUCAAGGUAAAAAGAGGUUCGCGGCGGAUCGGCGUCUUUUAAGGUUAUGUGCUGAAUGCGAAAAACGGCACAAACAAAACGGCGAGACUCGAAGGAGGGUUGCUUCAGCUGAGGGCGAGAGCGGAGCCCCCUGCAAUCAUGAGCAGUUGGGCGGCAAGGAUGCACCGAAGGGCGGCCACCUUCGGAAACGUCGUUACCUCUUGCGGUCAUCCCUCAGGCCCCUAUCCACGUCGUCUGGACAAAGUCAAAUUCGGGGUUCCACUCGAUGAGGUCUGCAAGAACGACAUCCCAGGACCACUGCUAGUAUUAAUAUUGAAGCUGAAUAAGGAAGCGCCGUACCGGAAGGACGUGUUUCGGGCACCCGGAAAUCAAGGGGCCAUGAAGAAGUUGACACACUUUCUGCAAACUGGACGGUUGAUAAAUAUGGAUAAUUUUAGUGUGUACACUAUUGCCAGUGUUCUGAAGAAGUUCCUCCGCAAAAUUCCCGGCGGAGUUUUUGGCAAAGACAUUGAGAAUCGCUUUUUCGAAAUCAUUACUAUGACAGACAUACAGCAACAGCGCGACGAAAUUCACAGGAUAAUAGCUUCUCUUCCUGAUUAUACGCAAAAGUUACUCGUUCUGCUUUUUGGGACGUUUCGAGUGAUAUCCGCAAAUUCCGAGCGAGCUGGUACAGGAAUGACGAGCGAAGCUCUAGGCGUAAGCGUAGCUCCAAGCUUCUUCCACACUUGCGUCAGCGAUGGUAAAAAUGCCAAGAUGGAAGAUGUAAUGAGAUUUAAGGCUGAAGUUAAUGUAGCGACUAGGGUGAUGAAGCAUCUGAUUGAGGAGUUUGCGACGUCCGACCUCUUCGGCCGGGAAAAUUACGAAUUUUAUGCACGUGUCACGGGCCGCGUGCUGCGCGUACAAGGCGAAUGGAUCUGCUCCUUCCAAUAUCCUCCAGCCCCCGCAUCGGAGGGUGGAAAAGCUCAGGUUUUCGGCAAUCAGUUCGGACCGCUUGAUCAGUAUUUAUUGGGAUUCUCCAUGGAAGUCGAGAAAACAUGGUUACAAUGUGAAUGCGACAGGUGGCGUUCCAAAUACAGUCUUGAAGCGAUGUCCCAAGUGGACGAAUGUCAGUCCACACCAGCCUUAGCUGAAUCCGGCCUAACUAAUCAGGCGGUGAGCUCCAAUAGUCUGGGAAUGAUUGCCGAACAUACAUUGUUAGAAUCCUGUACGCGUCUUUCCAUUUCACUGGAACAGAAUGGAUUUUUUCAGGGUAAUAACACGUCGCGGUCCUCGAGUAGUUCGCGAUCAUCGAAAACUAGUCACAACCAUUCUGCUGGUAAGCGAAUGACGCUGGACGAACUUCGAGACGUUAAUCGUUAUGCAGAGAGUACAAGAAGUCUUAGUUAUUUACCAUUGGUACAUGAACGUCAAACCGAAAGGAUGAGGACAAGAUCGCAAUGGUUCUUGGCCCCUUCUGUAGAAUGUUCCAGCUGUGGUGGUUCAUUGGACAUUCCACUCGAUGAAACCGAUGUAUCCGUCCUUACCAACGCUUUGUUAAGGCGUUCUUCAUCAGGAACUAUUGUAGGAGGAAUGGGUUUGUCAAUGAGUGCAGAAUCAGUUCAAAAGCGACCAAGUAUUCAUAGAUCUAAUUCCAGAGACAAACGAAGUUACUUGUCUCGAUCUACGAGUCGCCGAGGAAAGGUGAACGGAUCACGUUCAAAUAGUUUUAAGGGGCGCGGCGAGAGGAAAUCGUCGACAUCAAAACAGGGUAGUUUUAAACUGAAAAAGAACAUGUCGUCGAGGUCUUGUUCUUUCAAGAAGAAAACCGAAUUGUGCUCAUGUCCACCCAUCGAGGCUGCCGACAACUGUGCAUCAAACGUAAUUGCCAGCACAAGUUCUGGUUGCAAACCAAAAACCGAUACUGCCAAAAAAACAGAAACAAUUCACGUCACCCUCACUUACAAGCCACGAAUUUAAAAAAAAAAGAAAAAUCCUAUUUAUAUAUAUAUUUAUAAGCAUUUUUACUUUGUGUUUGUUGUACUUAUUCGUGCCAAAAAAAAUAAUUUUGAAAUUGUAAUGCUCCUCCAGAGAGCUCAUCUUUUGUCUUUAAAUUAUAUAGCUUAGUGCAAAAAAAAAAAUAUGAAGAGAGGAGAACUCGUACCGCGAACUGCGAAAAAUGACCAAUUAAAUAAUUUCAUUCCUAUAAUUUUUCACACUUUUAUAUAUGUAUAUUAUCAUUAAGGCAUGGCACGAGAAUACGUUUUAAUAUUUUAUCGUACACCGCUUAAUUGCGCAAUUCGAAAUAAUUUAGCUGCAUAUUAAAUUAUUUCAAUUUGAAAGGUGAUAAAUAAAAAUAUUAAAGGGUGAUGGAAUGAUGGUGUCAAAGCACAGGAUAUUAUGAUUAUUAUAUAUAAAUAUAUAUAUUAUGAAGAUGAAAACGUAAAACACCAAGUAUUUAUAAUGUAACAUUAGAGUAAAACCGUUGCCCACUCGCUUCUGGUUAAAAGUUUUUUUUCUCUUAAUAAUUGUUUUCUAUUGAAAUCCAAAAUUUUCCAGUGUUUCGAUUUACUAAAUUUGUUAAUAAAUUGGUGACUGGAAGUGGGAAAGCAUCGGCAACGGUAAAAUUAAUCGGAGUUCAAUUUAUUGUGAGAACGUUUUUGCGAUUCUUUUACGGAGAUAUUUUUUAUAUCUAGUUUUAUAUGAAUAUACAAUAUAAAAUGGAUGGGAUGAACAAUUUUGAUUGAUGAUUACGUGCGAAAAUGGAAGGAACAUAAUUAGUCUAAAUGUUAUACGUUAAAUUUGUAUGUGGAACAAUCUUGUAUAUUUCUAUUUGGCCAAAGAUUAAUAACAAAUAAUAAGGAAAUCUCGAUUUGCACCACCGGAAUUAAAGACUAUCCAGGGUUUUUUUUUUAAAUCAAAAUUUAACUGUUUAUAAAAAAAAUAGUUACAGUUGAAUUGUGUGUAAUUCAUCUUAUAUUUAUAUUUUUUGUUUCUUGUUUUAAUGUGGCUUAUCUAAAUUAUAUGUUGUGUAUUAUUUUUAAAAAUGCUUUUAAUUGUGGUGCAAUUUCAAUUCGUUUUUUUUUUGUAUUGUGAGAGA